AUGGCAGCACAUGACGUCAGUCGGAUGCGGGAGCUGCUUGUCCAGAGUCUGCGUGCUUCAGAACCACAGCGCUCAGCAGCUGAAAAGGACUUGCAACAGCUACAACGCUGUCAAUUGACUGCUCCGUUUCUCAUUGCGCUGCUGAAAAUGUGUGUGGCGAUGCCCAACACUGACGGGACGCAACGCAACCAGCUGCAACUUGCCUCCGAAGACGUGGACGUGCGUCUGCUGGCUGUUUUAUGGCUAAAACACUACCUUAAGACACAGUGGAAGUCAAAAAAGACCAACACUCUGCUCUCGGACGAAGAGCACGUCCAUGUACGUGGUCUGUUGCUGUUUGCGGCCCUUUAUGAGCCACAGCAGACAGUAGCGCUUCAUCUAUCGCUUAUAGUCGCUACUAUUGCUCGGACGGAGUUUCCAGCUCAGUGGACAUUUGAGACGUUAUUUCCAAUGAUGUUGCAGCCAUUGAGACGGCAGGAUGGAGUUGUAAACUUGUCAAACGAGAGACGAGGAGUGGACGUGUGUUACCGCGUCGUGAAGGAACUGGCAGCUAGACGACUCAUGCUGCAUCGUAAACAGUUUGCAAUGCUCAGUGUGGAGCUACUGCCAUUGUUGCUACAGUACUGGACAGCUACGGCUACGCAGUUUAAUGAGUUUUUGCAGGCACAGAAAGAGGCGACGGAGUUGACAAGUGCACAAAAAGCUGCAGCUAUUAUAUCAGCAUUAACAACAGGAGCAGAGCAACUGGAGGUCCUGACAACGACAACGAAACUCAUCUCGACGAUGCUGCUGAAUGCGUUUAAAGACUUGGCAGCGCUGCAGAAUGGCGACCUAAUGCGCUCCGCAUUGGUUGAGUUUUACAAUCAGCUAGAGAGACUGUUGAAAUUUAGACAGUCGUUUGUUGCGCUGGUAAAGUCUGAGGUGGACAUAUUUGAGACUCGUGCAGAGGUAGAAAAGUCGAUUCGAAUGCUUGACAAGUGCUUGCAUCGCAUCGCAGCAAUAGUCGUUGGUGUGCAGUACUCGUACCCGAUGGAGUUUCGAGAAUACCUACCACCGUACCUUAUGCUGUUCUGGAACGUCCUCAAUUCGUUCGCCGACAAUUACUCAACUGCGCUUUCAUCGCCCAGGCAGCCACAGAUUGAUGCGCUCCAAUUCUUUGCUAACGUACUGAGCUGCCGACUGUAUAAAAAUGAAAGCCUCUCUGGUCCUGAUGGGACGACGCGAAUUAUGUCAAAGGUCAUCACAGCCGCAGGAGAUGUCGCACUAACAGACACAAUGGUACUGGAAGCGCAAGCAGCAGUACAGGCAUUUCUUACACAAAGCGAGGAUCGUUUUACAUCUAUGAUGAAUCUCGUGGUGAUGCGCUACAUGCACCUGACUGCUACGGACUUGGAAGAGUGGCAGAGUGAUCCGGAGGCGUAUUGCACUCUGAUGGAGAGCUUGACAGCAAAGGAGUCGGUGCGAACCUGUGCUGAAAAUGUUUUCUUGACGCUGGUGCAGAACUUUCCAAAUCAAACGAUUCCGGCACUGACGCAGAUGAUCUCGGCUGCCUCGACAUAUCUCAUGGAACUCAGCCGUGGUCAGGUAUCUGAUGCUAGUGACGAUCGACGAAUUCUCGACACGGAUGCCGUGCUUUUAGCAAUUGGUCUGGGCUGCUAUGACCUUCACAAUUGUUUCGAGUUUGAACCCUGGUUUCUUACCAACCUUGUGCCAAUCCUCGUACACCCUGACGCUACAGUCGGGUCGGUCAACGGACAACCCGUUUUGCGCUUCCGUAUUGUGUGGCUCGUCAGUUGUUGGCUAGCGCAGCUGACAUCAAGUGUCCGACCGCCACUUUACGAUGCGUUGCUUAAUUCGUCGGCGUUCUUUUUCCAGGUGGAUGCCGACGUUGCUCUUAAGCUGCGUAUUAUUCAGACACUAGAGUCUAUGGUAAAUGACUGGGGAUUUGAGCACGAUGCGUUUGCUCCAUUCUUGCCGCGGGCGUUAGAGUGCUUAUUUGCAUUAUUUCCGCAAGCAAAAGAAUCUGAAAGCAAAAUUAAAGUGCUGGGGUGUCUGGAGGCAAUAGUUCAAGCGUGUGGUGUGCACAUUAAUAGCUUCUGUCAUCAGAUUAGUGCGCCUCUACCUGAGCUGUGGACAAACGAAAGUGACGCUAGCAACCUUGUGCGCGGAAAGCUUCUCCAGCUUAUGACGAAACUCCUUCAAAAUGUGAAGGAAGCACAGAAAACCCUUGUGAAUGUGCAAGUGGAGGAUGGUAGCGUACAUACACUGUUGAACAUGUGCGUACAGGUCGUUCGAUUUGCGACUGAUGUAUUAAACCCUGAAGAAGUAUUUUUGAUGGAAAGUGGACUCGAACUCUGGAACGAAACUCUUGAAGUAUCGACAGUGUACACUGAGGAGCUCCACGUACUCUUUGGGAAUGUAUUGCGUCUUAUGGAACGUGAUUAUGAGCAUGUGUCGUUAGUGCUAUAUGUAUUGAAGCAGUACUUGCGACUAGGCAAGAUGCAAUUCUGGCAGAGUUACCACGUAAGUGUUUCGGGGCUUUUACGAAGCUUGAUUGGUCACGUUAAACCAGAGGCUUCCCUGCAGAUUGUUCAAGUGGCAGAGAUCGUAGUCGCUACUAUUCCAGCGGAUCAAGUGGGUGAAUUAAUGCCCGUGGUAAAGGCGAUGGUGGAAGCAUGCAUCACUUUACAGCAAAAAGAGCAUAAACAUGAGCCGGAGACUGUUGUUGCCGGAUACUUGAGCGUCGUGGCCAGGCUGAUGAUAAUUGACUUCGACUUUACGCUGAAGACUUUACUGGGAAAUGAUCACACUGUGCUGCAGUUGCUGGUGGAUGCAAUGCUUAGACUGUUUUACACUGUUGGUUCGUCUCCUUUGACGCCAUUGAGACGGAAGGUGUGGGCACUUGCAUUAGGCUCGACUCUCAUGCCAAUGGAGCAGCAGCUGCUAGAGAGAACGGGCCAGGUGCUGGAGAUCUGUGUUGAGGUAAUAGAAGAUGAACAAGAGGAGCAAAAACAGAGACAGGCUGCUGAAAGUGCAGAUAGCGACGAGAAUGGCGCUCGGUCUGGGGUCUAUCGCGCUUUCCAAGCUCACCACAAAAUGCAGCAGCAACAACCGAGGGAAGAAGAUGUCCCUUUAUUAGCGUUAGACUUGAAGGCGUUUGUCUGUAGAAGAUUAAAUGACCUUGCGGCCAAGCUGGGUACCAGCACUUUCGACCGACUGCUGGAAACAGUGGACUCGUCCGUGUUACGCAAGUUCCAGUCGUAA